CAGUGCAUCAGGUUGCAGAAUAUUGUGUUGUGCCGCACCUACAAUUCACAGGUUACGAUAUUGCUUAAUUUUUCAACAAAAGCAACUGAAAAAUAUUGAUCCUGCUGCAACAGAUUGCGACAAUAUUGUGGUGUGCCAAACCUAUGGUUCAGUUGACAAUCAUAGCAGCUCAAACGAAAUCAUUUGAAACCACAAACCAACAAAAACCACAGUGAAAACAACUGAAACCACUUAAAGAAUAAUAACUUUUUAAAACGAAUUAAGCCUGCAGUACACCAAGUUGCAGCAAUAUCAUGCUACUAUUGUCAUCGUUGUUAACAACAUCGAAUAAUAUUGUUCAUUGAAACACAAUUGAUGACCACAGUCCACACUGAAAAGCCGUAAGGAAGCCGCGUCGAAGCAAAUUAGGCAGAUUUACAAAACCGAAUUUGAUUCACUUUUGUCGCUCAAAAAAAUUGCAAAUCGCACUAAUCUCGGUUACUACUUAGAAUUUUUAAAUUCUUAGAAAUCAGAUGCCUGCGUACAUUUUGAACGAAUGUAGAGUACUAUUGUUAGCCUGCAACGACAAAUGUCUUCAGAAUUCAGAAUAGACUUUUUAAGGAUUUGGCCGGCUGUCUAUCGGGUGUGGUGAGCAAUAUCUAACCCCUCCACCACUGCUCGGUGUUAUUGUGCAAACAACGGUUCAAGAAAUAAGAUUGCGCAAUAUUUUGAUAUGUGACGUCAUGUUUAUUCAGUCGGGCGCCAUCUUUAAAAUUAAGAUUGUCAACAAGGGCCUGAAUUUACUGAAAUGGUUUAAAAAAGUGGCUAUAAACUCUACCAAAUGUUGUUUGUGACGUUAAUUUCACCCACAGCGCACAAGGCAAAGUCAAUAAAGAGAUCAUAGCUUACCUUGAAAUGAUUUUGGUGCUUCGAUUGCUUGAUAGAGAUACGCGUUUUAUACUGUGUAUAUUUUCGACGAGGUUUUACUGUAUAAAGAUGUCGCUUGUUCCGAAAUAUGCAGCCGAUAAUCGCUUUUAAAUAUCUCCUGUGAUGUCUCGCAAUCCUAGCGAGGUUUGCCUAAUUGAUGCAGACGUCAAAUCCAUCGCAGAACUAAAUCUACGAUCGACUGUUUUAUCUUUGAAUUUGCACUGCAAUUUGCUGAAAAACAUCGAAGGUUUGGACAGCCUGAGAAAUUUAAAACACUUGGAUCUCUCUUCAAACGCCAUUGAAGCGAUCUCGGGGCUGGAUGGGUUGAUAUUUUUGAAGUAUCUCAAUCUGUCAUGCAACAAAAUUUCCGUGGUGGAAGGUUUGGAAUCGUUGAGGCAAUUAGCAAAACUUGAUCUGUCGUACAACAUUAUUUCGAACCUAUCUGGCCUGAAGUCGCUAUCUGCUGGUCCCUCGUGCUUAGCCACACUCUACCUCCAGGGCAAUCAGAUACAAUCAAUUGAUCAUAUUAUUGAUUGUUUGGGUGAUUUUAAUGACUUAAAAGACCUGGUGUUCACUCAGAACGAGGACUCUAACCCUGUCUGUAAUCAUCCAAAGUACCGGUCAUUACUGUUGUCUAUGUUGAGUAAAAUCCAGGUGCUUGAUGGACUCAAUAGAUCAGGUCAACAGGUUGAUUCUGACUAUUCCGACCAUCUUGGUUUAACAGACAUCGAUGAUUAUGUCCGGUUUCUGGCAUCGUCACCAUCAAAUGGUUCAACCAAGGCCGAACAUGGCGGAUCUUCGACAGACACAACCACUCCGAGAAUCAACGAAGUUCUGUCCAAAUUUCGUUCACAGAAAUUGCCCGUUGUGGACGAUGACGCCAAGUCGAGAACUCAAACUACGUCGGCCAACGUGAAGGUGGCUUUAUCGGCCGAUCACGAAGUUCGUUUAGAAAGACUCGAACAUCAAUUGGCGCACAUUCUCUACAAACCUGCUGCAGAAAAAGAGAUUGUAAAUAAGGAUCCAGUGAGAGAAGGGACUUCGGAAAGCGAAAGAACUUCAAAAAAAAACGUUGCAAAGAUAUCUGAUUCCGAUACGGACAAUAAAAACCCGUCGAAUUCAAGCCAAGCUUAUCCAAAAUACAGACGAGUAGUUUCUCCGGCGAAGACAAGAUUACAAUCGAAUCCAAAGGAUAAGAGUGAAGUGAAAAUGGCGACGAGAGGAAAACGCUUCACAGCGAAGAAAAGGCAACAAGAGGCUUCAAAACCUCGCGACAGUACAACGAGUGGAAACGAGGGUGAAGAUGGACGAUUUGGAGAUUCGCGUCCCAUUAUGGUCGAGGGAAAGAAAUAUGUUAGACAUCCUGAAGACGAUGCCACAUUUCUGUCGCUGAUCCAAGAAUUAGACCUGGAACGCGAGAGAAGAUGGAAAGCAGAACAGGCCGCUCUGAAGUUAGUUGAACAUGUCAAAGAUUUGCAAAUCAAAGUGAACGAAGAAAAAAAGCUUGAAAAUGCUGCAUUAACGGCUAGUACAAGGCUCAAAGAAGCGUUGCAAAAAGCGAGACAAGAGAAGACGGAACUGCAGAAAAUCAACACUUCUUUACAAGCGAAAUAUGAGGAGAUGGUUGAUGAUCUUAAGAACUGUCGAGAAACAGAGGAGGAACAAAAAAAGGCUCUUCGAGCAAUGGAGGCUGCUUCAGCAAAAUUGGAAACAGAAAGAAUGCAACAACACGCUCAUGAGGUCUCAAGAGCCCAAGAACAACAAAUGAGAGCAGCUGCUCUGGCUCGAGAACUGGACAUUCUGAAAACCAACAACAAACAAUUGACAGGUCAAGUACAACAGCUGCAAGAACUGCUGGCGACUCGUGAACAGCAACACAAAGUUGAAAUGGAAGGUCUUGUUCGUCCAGACAGUCGAGAUAUGCGAGAAGUUAUUGACAAGGAAAUUGUUAAGACAGAAGCGCGCUUUGAACAACUAAUGAAACAAUGGGAUGAAAAAUUAAGACAAAAGAAUCGAGAUUAUGCAGAGUUGGAAAAUGAAUUUCGAAUGGCCUUGCAAAUCGAAGCGAAACGAUUUCAGGAGCUGCAAGAUGAAUUCACAAAAGUGAGUGAAGAAUGCUCUCAAUACAAACAAAUCUCGCAGGCAGCCAGACAAAAAGAAACCAAGGCUACAGGCAUGGUUUCAGAGUUAACGUCGUUAGUUAAAGAGCAAAAAGUCCGUAUCACUGAGUUGACUAAGUCAAAACAAGAAUCUUUAUCUCAGCAUAAGGAAAGAAUUAACGUUUUGGAAGAGGAAACAAAAGUCGCGCGCAAACGAAUAUCAAGAAUUGAAGUUUUAGAACAGGACAAGUCUAAACUGCUGUCCCAAGUACGUGCUCAGGAAUCAGUUAUUCAAGGUCUGAGAUUAGAAAGGAAGCUCUGGGGCGAAGAGUUGGCCCAACAAGGCGCAUCCCUUGCUCAGGAUCGUGGAAGACUGGAAUCGAAAGUGGAGAGUCUCGCCGAAGAGAAAAGCCUGCUUCAAAAGCAACUGGAGAAUGCCAAUGACUCAAUUCGCAUUAAAUCGAAGAUGCUCGAAGAUCAAACGGAAUCCAUACGACAGUUAAAACAGAGCUUAAGCGAGUUUGACAGUGAACGUCAAAAGAACGAAGAAAGUGAAAGAAAUAAACUUCGAGACAUUGAAGAACGAUUGGAACAACAACAUGCUGUCAAUCAAGAACUCGAGGAGAAAAAUGAGAGCCUUUUGCAAAGAAAGGAGGAACUAAAAGACGAACUUUCCGUUCUCCAAAGUGAGCUUGAAAAAUCGGAAGAAACCAAAAGAUCCCUGAAAAGCAAGUGGCAGGAGCGAAGCGAUCUGAUUGGUCGUUUGGAACAGGAGGUGAAGGAAAUGCGAAAUCAAUUUGAUGCCAAAGAAGAGAAAAUGGUGGAAGAGAAAGAGAAGGCGAUUAAGGCUGGAAAUCUAGCGAUAGAGAAACUCCACUCCUGCGACGAUGCAUUUCGCAAACAACUGGAAAAACAGAAGGAAGUUUACGAAAGAGAAAUUGAUCGUUUGACGCGGGAAAAAGAAGAAGUUAUCAACCAAUCAAAUCAAAAAAUCAACGAAGUGGAGGACGAAAUGAGACAAAUUUUGCAAGAAGCCGCGUCGGGCAAAAAAACUCUCGAAAUGAGAAUUAAGAAAUUGACAAAUGCCUUCAAUGAAAUCCAAGAAGAUCUUACUUCGUGAAGAGGAUUCUUGGUGGUAUCUUGAAAGAUGGAAAUUUAUUAGUAGAGGCUUUAUAUAGUUUCGUAAAAAAAUCCUUGAGGUAAAAUUCGGGCAAUGCGAAUGAUUUUUUCGACUAAAUGGGCCGAAGCGAAUCUCUCCGCCAUCAGAUUCACUAGAUAAUCCCUUGUGACAUUAUACAAACAGUAAUUUCAAGACAAUCAUUAGAACAGAAAAAUUAUUUGAGAGGAACCAAGCUCCUCUUUCCUGCCUCUCGGUCCCUGGUGAACUGUGAACUGUGAACCUGUGAAAUCAUGGGAUUUUUGAUCAAAAUCAUACUUGUACAUAUAAGUCAUGAUUGCACCCUCAUUGAAUUUGAAAGGGAAAUUUCGUUUUUGACCAAUGAGCAAGUUUGUUUACAUUUUCAAUAACCCAAUC